UGCACAACGAAACGCUGCCUAUGUUGUCACUGUGGCCAGUGAAACAUGGCUGCUCACUUUACAGCUAAACUGAUCAAUUCUGUGGAAUUGUCUCCUCGGCAGAUUUUACCCUGUUUACUGUCGGUCAUCUUCAUAGCUUUGGUGUUUGCGUACCAGAAUGAUUUGUACUUCCAUUACCAACCGCUCCAGAUCAAAGAGUUACCAAGAGAACUGACAGUAAAGCCCCACUUCAUGCAACUUGAUGUUGUUCUAACGUUUCCACUGUUAACAGAUCCCACUGUCCAUAAAACAUCAUCGUAUUCACCAUUCUCGAUAAAGCAACUGGAAGCGCGAUUAUCAGAAUAUAUAACCGGCUUACAGAGAACUUUAGAUCAUCGAUAUGUUUCAAAAGUACAUUUUCUUUAUGACCAGUCACCAAUUAUCAAAUUUAUUCGAACACAGAUUAAAAAUAAUCUCGAUAAAUUGGUAUUUCAUGAGGUAUCCAAACCACGACAAACUAACAAAAUUUAUGAAUUCGUUUUUUCGAAUCUUAGCGGACGCGUUGUUAUGGUAACUCAGGCGGAUGUGUAUCCGGGACACGGUUUAGAUUUGAUCAAAAAAGAUGUUAUGAUUUCCAAGAAACUGAUGUACGCUUUAACCCGACAUGGCCAGUUGGAAGAAAACUGUGAUAUGAGACUACGGCGACAAAAAUCUAAUUCGUGCAGUAGACGUGGAUAUAUUGGAUCCCAUGAUUCAUACGUCUUUGUGCCAGAAGGAACGCUUCUACCUGCUGCUUCUGUGUCUUUAAAUCAUUCUGCAAAUAAUCUGGGUAUCGACAACAUCAUUAUAUGGACCUUUCAAACUAUAUUAAAAUACCGAGUGCUUAACCCAUGUAAAGUUAUAUUCGUCUAUCAUCUUCACUGUACUGAACUAAGGAAUCGGGACAGAAAACGAGUUAAUGGGAAACACAAUAAAGGAUUGUCUAGACCUACUGAUAAACUAUUUUGAGGCUUUGUUAAGACACUAAACUUAAAAUAGUAU